AAUUUGGAGAUAAGGUUUUCAUUUCUGUCCAUAGUCCUGAGCUUAUCUCCAUGACAGUGCAGUUCCUUUGGCUUUUAUGAAGCAGCACUGGGAGAUGCAGAGAUGACAGGUAUUGGACUACACCUCUUUUUGUUCCCUGAGAUGACCCAGAUGCCCACAUCUGCAUAGUGUUCUCCCAUAAACUAAUUAUAUCUGUUCCUGCGUGGGGCUUUCUCAUGUCUGAUGAUCUUUCAUGUGAUAUUCUCAUCUAUCUUCUGCAGACACUUCCCUUCUUUGGUGUUCCCUUUCCAGCCCUAAUGGGUCUUGAAUCCUCCUCCCUCCUUCCAGUUUAUCACAACCUCUUUCUGCCACUCAAAGCCACUUUUCCAUAGACUGUGUGUGUUAGCCACUGUAAAUAUCUUUGUGGUUGACUAAAUGACAAUUUAUCUUUCAGACACAUCAAAGGACUUUUAUCUUUAUUCUUCCAAAUGGGGCCUGUGGUUGCAGACUACUGUUAUUAUUGAACUUUCAACUCAUUUAUAUACUGUUAGCCAGAUUAAUUUAGAAAAAAUGCAUUCUAUUUAAUAAGUAAUAUAUAAAACCUUAAUAUGCAAAGUAAAGUCAGAUAAAUGUAAAGCCUUGUGAAGUGAAGAAUACAAUAUUUGCCCCUGAAAUGUGGUGGAGCAGAUUUAUAGUAAGUAGUGGUUUAAAAUGGAAAUAGAGUUGAAGUAGCUACAUAUUUACACAAUUACUCUUGUAAUUGCCAUCAUAUAUCAGCUCUGGGUUAGGUUAGAGAAUGAGCGUUUAUUAUUCCAGAGCUAUAAAACACCUGAGCUUUAUCUAUCUCAGGAUAGAUUAGACGCGGUAGUGUUUAAUGAACAUAAUCUGAUUGUAUUUGACAUUUGUUUAAUGUCGUUGUAUAUGUUUGUCCUGUAACUCGUCACUGUUGUCACAAAGCCUUGCUCUUUUCCCGCGAUUUAAAUAAAGUUUCAGCAUCACUCUCUCCAUCACGCUCUCCCUCUCUGUAUUGGCGAGAGAGGAUGACGCGCGACCUGUACCUGCGAGGGAUGCGUGCGUCUUCUUGCCGGCCGGGCAUGCGGCCUUGGGGGGGAUGGAUGAUGGGGAUGCGGAUGCCAUGGCAACAGGCCGAUUAGAUUCAGACCUUUAUAUGCACAUUUAUUUAUUUAAUAUUUCAUUUGUAUGCGCCGCGCGCCUCUGUGGACGUGUCCGCUCGACCUCUGUGUGUCGAGUCAGAGUAAAGAAGUGAAUUUCAGCUUUAAACUAGACUUCAUCCGCUCCGAACAGCCUGCGAAGGAGCAGCCACCUUAAACGCUCAACAAGUUGUUUUAUUUUUUUUUUUAUGGAGGCUUUUGAAUCCAUCAGAGCGCACCGUUUUACCUUGAAGCAUCUUGUUCCUCUGAAAUAUAGAGCCUGUGUGUUUGUCCACCGCCGUGUCACCGUGAUCUGGACACAAUGUCAUUGAAAGUCGGCAGAAGUGGGAAUACAUGGCAGCGGCUGCUAAUGAGAGAACAGAUGAUUUCGGGCGUCAGACUCUGAACACCUGACCAAGUUCAUUCCGGCAUCAGUAGAACAAAAAUCGUCCGUGCUGUAGAGCCGGUAGUGUCUCCUCUGGCUGUCUGGGCGCCUUGGUCACGGGAAGGCAACAUUUCGGCGCGCCUUCCAUCAUGAUGAGUGGCUUUUUUCUGCUCGGAGACUGAAAAUGACAACGUGUCGCGGAUUCUGUGAAAACAUGGGCUAGAUUUGGGGUAAAUCUCACUUGUUUCCGCCGCCUUGUGUUUCCCCGUCGGUCUGUUUCUGUUUUUUUUCUGUGUGCGUGUUUCUGGUUGAUGAUAGUGUGCGUGUCAGAAUGAAUCAGUGCGCCUCGGAGUGCGAGCGCCCGUGUGUGCCGAUUAUGUGCGUCCCUUAUGUCCAUUAACAACCCUUCCCUCCUGACAGAGGAUCAAGUGUCCUUGUCAUUCAUCCGCGGAUGAAUGUUCCCCCACCCCACUCUACCACCUUACCGCUCAGAUCUCUUACAUAAUGAUAUAUGUUGAAAACAGCAAAUUCGGGUGAAGAGCCCGGACAUAUAGGCUACACAGACCAGGACACCGACGGCCAAUGAGCGGCGAGCUCCGUUAUCUACAAAAGACCGGGAAUCCGGUGCCAAUAUGACCGGCGUCGGAGCGUUGAGGGCGGCUGUGAAGAGGAGAGGGUGGGCCUCGGGCGGAGAGCAACGUUUCAAGGACGAGGAAGGAGGAAUGUUACAGAAACAUCAGUGAGGACAAACGAGACUCUUGAAGAAAAGAGGAAAAGUGAAGCUGCUGGCGUCACAUUGGCAGGGUGAGGGCUUUCAUGUCUGGAUGGGGCUUUUGCCAAGGGCACCGAGGUAAGCAUGGUCACAUCGGCGGAGAGAGGGCGUAGGUGUGAGCUGUCUGCUCCAGGAGAAUGACUGGAGACACAGAGGACACUUUCCUGUAGCUUCUUUAAUUCAUCAUUCUGUUUGACAUUGACACUCUCACCUAUGUAAUCUAGCCAGGUCGACUAGACUAAACAAUAGUUUUCCUGAGGGGGCGGGAGUUACAGGUUAUAUUCACCCUCCCCUCAACCCCCUCCUCCCUGAGUUGGGAUGGAUGGGGUGGCUGGAGGUGUGGGUACCCCCGGUAGCGCCGGAGGGUCUGGGGGUGACAGCCUGCCCAGACGCAACGGGGGGGACUCGAAGCGGCGCAGUAAGGGCAGCCUGCCCUCACCGGGCUACAGGCUGUCCCAGGCCUCGCUGGAAGGGGAGAAGGUCUCUUUCGGGGGCGCAGACAGCGCUUCCUCAGGUGGACGCGGUCGUCGUCUCUCCAUCAUGAGCUCCUCCACCAGGGACGGCCUCCCCUUCCGCACAGCGGGCACGCCGACCACCCCGGUGCCCCUGCCGCCUCCGCCGCCCUCCUCCUCCUCCACCUCCUCUGCCACAGCCCACCCUCCGCCGCGCUCGGUGGGCUUCGCCGCGUCACGCGCCGCCCUGGCCUCCACCUCCUCCUCCACCGGGACCGGAGUCAUGGUGGUGGCCACCGGCGCGGAGACCACCACGACCACGGCGUGCAACACCACCGCGGCGGGGACUCCGGAAAUGGUGGGUCAGUCUGGACUGGGUGGGUUUGGCAUGGGGCUGGACGGAGAGGACUACAGCAACUCCAACCAGAGCACCUUCAUCCAGAGACAGUUCGGGGCCAUGCUUCAGCCUGGGGUCAACAAGUUCAGCCUGCGUAUGUUUGGAUCCCACAAAGCUGUAGCUCUGGAGCAGGAGAGAUUGAAAUCAGCAGGGGCAUGGAUCAUACACCCUUACAGUGACUUCAGAUUCUAUUGGGACCUGUUGAUGUUACUGCUGAUGAUGGGGAACUUAAUCAUCCUGCCAGUGGGCAUCACUUUCUUCAGAGACGAGAACACUCCGUCAUGGAUCAUCUUCAACGUGGUCUCUGACACUCUCUUCAUGGUCGACUUGGUUCUCAACUUCAGGACCGGCAUCGUCAAGGAAGACAGCACUGAGAUAUUGUUGGACCCCAGGGCGAUCCGCCAGAACUACCUGAAGAGCUGGUUCCUUGUGGACUUCGUGUCAUCCAUCCCGGUGGACUACAUCUUCCUAAUGGUGGACAGCCUGGACUCAGAGGUCUACAGGACAGCCAGGGCGCUGCGCAUCGUUCGCUUCACCAAAAUCCUGAGCCUGCUCAGGCUGCUCCGCCUGUCCAGACUCAUCCGCUACAUCCACCAGUGGGAGGAGAUCUUCCAUAUGACCUAUGACCUUGCCAGUGCCAUGGUUAGGAUUGUAAACUUGAUUGGCAUGAUGCUGCUGCUGUGCCACUGGGAUGGCUGUCUCCAGUUCCUGGUCCCCAUGCUGCAGGACUUCCCUCCUGACUGCUGGGUUUCCAAGAACCUGAUGGUGAAUGACACAUGGGGCGUGCAGUACUCCUAUGCUCUAUUCAAAGCCAUGAGCCACAUGUUGUGCAUCGGGUAUGGUGCCCAGGCUCCAGAGGGGAUGACUGAUGUGUGGCUCACCAUGCUCAGUAUGAUCGUGGGCGCCACCUGCUAUGCCAUGUUCAUCGGCCACGCCACCGCCCUCAUCCAGUCGCUGGACUCCUCACGACGACAGUAUCAGGAAAAGUACAAGCAGGUGGAGCAGUACAUGUCCUUCCAUAAGCUUCCUGCAGAUGUUCGGCAAAAGAUCCACGAGUAUUAUGAGCACCGCUUCCAGGGCAAAAUGUUUGACGAGGAGAACAUCCUAGGAGAACUGAGCGAGCCACUUAAAGAGGAGAUCGUCAGCUUCAACUGCCGCAGCCUGGUGGCCAACAUGCCGCUGUUUGCCAACGCCGAUCCUAACUUUGUGACCGCGGUGCUGACCAAGCUCCGCUUCGAAGUGUUUCAGCCUUCUGACUUCAUCAUCCGCGAGGGCACAGUUGGACGGAAGAUGUACUUCAUCCAACAUGGACGAGUCAGCGUGCUGACCCGUGGCAACAAGGAAACCAAACUGAGCGAUGGGUCUUACUUUGGAGAGAUCUGUUUGCUGACUCGUGGACGGAGGACAGCCAGCGUCCGGGCAGAUACAUAUUGUCGUCUGUACUCUCUCAGUGUGGACAGCUUUAAUGAGGUGCUGGAGGAACAUCCAAUGAUGCGGCGUGCCUUCGAAACUGUCGCAGUUGACCGACUGGACCGCAUUGGCAGGAAGAACUCCAUGCUCCUGCGGAAGUCAUCCCAGGGAGGUUCACUGGGGGGCAGCAUGGGUCGCGGUGGAGGCCGGGGUGGAGGGGGUCCGGGAGCUGGGGGAGGCCUCGCGGCGGGCGGCCUGGGUUCCUGUGACAGCAUGUUGGUGCAACAGAUUGUUAAACAUGACAGCAUGCCGGCCAUGCAGGAUGCCAUUGCCGCGGCUGCUGCUGGAAGAAGUGGAGUCAUGGGAGGGAGCGGCACGGUGUCUCCUCGGCCACGCCCGGUCAUCUGGGCGCCGCUGGUCCACGCUCCCCUGCAGACUGCGGCUGCCACCAGUAAUGUAGCCAUCGCCCUCAUGCACCAGCAGCAGCAACAGCAGCAGCAGCUCCAGCAGUUGCAGCAGCAGCAUGCACUUGGGGGUGCUUUCUUCCUGCCCUCCCCUCUUGUCUCCCCCUCUCCCUCCUCUUCUUUCCCUCUGUCACCUCCUCGUGCUCCUGUGUUGCAGCCCCUCCGCCCCUCUGUGAGCUCCCUCAUUGGGAUGAUGGCAAUGGGAGGGAUAGGUGGUUUGUCCCCAAGAGGAUUUCCUGCUUCCCCCUCCACCAUGGGCCCUCCUGGAGGGGUGACAUCGCCUCCUAUUGCUAAAACACCACCCACUCCAGCCUCUUCUGUCCCACCUUCUGCCCAACAAGGAAGGACUCUUCAUUACAGCCUCCGCCUCCAAGCUGAUCAUCCCUCAGUGAUCGCUGGAUCGCUCGGAACCCCAACGGGAGGGGGACCACCAACUCCACCCCUCCACAAGGUACCCACCACCAACCCUGCAGCCGCAUCUGGUGCCCCAGCGGAUGGCAACGUUUCUGUUACAGGUCAGCAGGGAGCAAAAGAAGCUUUGUUACGUCAUGGUGGAAACAGCUCUCAGGGUCUGCCAGCACUGGGCAGACUCACCCAGGAGGCCAGGUUGCUGUCUGCCUCGCAGCCCACUCUGCCUCACCGCUCAUGGGCUGGAGUGCAGCCACACCCGCCUCUCCACAGGAAGGCCUCCGGUGGUAAUUUGUUGGCGGCUCCUUUCCUGGCGGGGCAGUUAGCCAGAGGAGGCAGCGCAGGCAUGCUGACCUCUAACACUCCCGUACAGCUGGUAACAAAUAUACCAUUUAAUGCACAAACACAAGCACAGGCUACAGUUCCUAUUCAGCCGACUAUAGCACAGGCUAUCUCUGCAAACACAGCCACAUACACACAAUCUGCAGCACACACUGCCUCUGUACCCACACCCACAGCUGCACACAUGCCCUCUGCAGCUUCCAUGCCAUCUUCCUCCCCUCCGAAGCAAACCCCACUCUCCUCUGCCGCCCCUUCACCCACACCCACCCCCUCAUCUCCGACCCCCAUCCUCUCCCAAACACCUCGCCUGAAACCGAUCCCAAUGCCCCUCUCUCGUUCCUCCUCUCCCCCUCCCUGCUCCACCCCACCCUCAGCAGGAACAACCCCGCUGUCGCUCUCUUCCACGCCUCGUCCCAAACCAAUCCCCACACCUUCCCCCCGCUCCUCCUCUCCUUCUCCCUCCUCCACACCACCUCCAUCUUCUGUUUCCACCCCCGUUCCGCUACCUCAAACCUACGGGGCCAAGUCAUCUCUUACCUCCUCUCCUCCUUCCUCCUCCUUGGUCGCCUCUUCCCCACCACACCCCCAGAGCCCCAGAGCCAAGGCAUCCAACACGCCCCCUUCUCCUUCUCCGUUGUCUGGCCCGAGUCCAGCCCAAACCCCGACCCCCUCUCCGAUCCCGACUCCCACUCAGACUACCCGCACCCGGACCCCUACUCCCUCCCAAAGUCCCUCGCAAACCAUCACACCUGUUACUCCUACCCAGACCCUUACCCCUACACCCGCCCCCUCUCCGAUCCCUGUUACACCUGUCUCCUCUCUGAGUAAAGCCCAGAGUUCGACAACUUGUCUCCAGCCCUCUGUUUCCAGCACAGCUAGGGGCCCCACUUUGAGCCAGAUCCCCAAACAGGCCUCACCUCUAACUCCAACCCAAACUCCAGCUCCUGCCACAACACCUGCUAGCACUAGUUCUCCUACUAAAGUAAAAUUCUCAGUUCAUCCUGUAAAGCAAACCCCCCCUGUCCCAACUCCCAGCCCCACUUCAGGCUCCAGUCGCUCCACCAAACCAACCCCGUCAACAACCUCAUCCUCAGCAACUUUAUGCCCAAAACCCAGCUCUGCUAAACCCUCCUCUCUCACAACCACCACCUCUCCAAGCAUCCCAUCUGCUUCUUCUCAACCCCCAAAACAAACGCCAGCCACCUCAGCCGCCCCUACCCACUCCUCAGAACUCAACACACCUUCCGCCCCCGCCCAGACCUCUCAGGCAUCCACCACUACACCCGCCCACUCAGCACACACAGCCACUCCUGCCACCACCUCCCCUAAAGGUGGGAAAAAAGACCCUCAGCUAGAACUCACCAGAAAAGACUCAGAGGGACUAAGACACAAACUACCCGCCAACAUGUAAGAAAGAAGAGGGGGAUGAUGUUAGACUUGUGUGUCGCGGCCGGUGCUGAUUAGCAGAGCCAUGGAUAUGCGGAGUUGGCACCAUGACAUCCAAUGAUCUCAUGUGGACAGGUACAUCUUGUUUGCAUUCACUCUAGGAUGUGAUUGUCUUAGAACAUCAGGUGUUCAUGUGACGCUCAACCAAGCCAUCGAUCGAUGAGAAAGACUUUAGGGGUGUGUUGAGUCGUGUGGGCUGAGGUCAAGUCAGAAAAAAACAACAACAUCCAAAUGUAUACAUACAUAUCUGUGUUAGUGAUUGUUGGAGCAAGCAGGGGGAGCUGUGGUGGAAAUAUAUUGCAGUAUACACAGUAAAACAAGAUGGAAGCAAUAGCUGAGAGUCAGAAAAAAAAACUGUAGUAUAUGUUUAAAGUCAAUGAAAACAGCAAUACAUGUGAAACAUCUGAGACUCUCGUAAUGUAACAGGAAAUGUUGACAAUAAUAAUAAAUGUGAGAAAAUAAUAACCUUUCUGCUGUGAGACAGAAAGUCUAUUGUGACGUCAAAGUGCAGGCAAUAGAACAGACACUUCCUGAUUUCCAGCUCCACCUCCCUCUUGCCUCCCAUUCUUCACCAAAGUGUAAUAUUUUCUCAUCAGAAUAAUACUAAUUAUAAGGAUAUAGCAUUUAAAAAAAUCACUGUAAAGUCAAUGCUCAUAUGAAUUUGAAUAAUUAGGAGCAGUCCACUGGUAGUUUUGUUGUCCCAGGUGUGUGGUGUUUAGUUUUUUGAACAAGACAAAACUUUUAACCCUACAUGUUCACUCUGACGACUUCUGUAAAUUGUGUUUUUUUUUUCGUGUGUGCGUGUGACACACAAUACUGCUCUGCUGUGCACUGUGGCUCACUUGAUUUCGUUCCAACCCAGCUCCCUGUACUGUAAAUACAUGCCUCCCUGUGGGUCUGUUGUAUGCUUUCCUCACUCCUCGGUCUCUUUGUCUUUCAUCUCUCAAUCUGUCUCGCCGCCUUUCAUCUGAUUUCACAGCUCUGGUCGCUAACUGUUUCUUUGACGCUCGCAGACGCUCUCUCCCUUUCUCUCGGUUUGCCCGACACUUUGCUCUCUGCUGCCAUCAGCCUCAUGUUCAGUUGGCGGUCUCCUCCUUCUGUCGUCCUACAACACAGUUUAAGCGCCAUUUCCAGUGAUGUUCGAUGUUUUGUGUGGGUAGCAACAAGGCAUUUCUGUCUUAACCCCUGAUACCAUGUUGCCUAGACUAUAUAUAUUUAAGGACCAAAUGUUUUAUUUUUUAUUUAUCACAGCUUUAGCUUUUGAACAGAGAAAAAAAUAGCUAAUAAUGCUGAUCUUGAGUGUGGCACUGAAGGUGAUGAUUGUGAUUAUGAAGAUGAUGAUAUCCUUAACCACCAUGAUGGUGAUGUUGAUGAAGAUGGUGUAUAUCUGGAUGUGAGAAUAAAGUGGAUUUAGAUAUCAUCUC